GACUCGUGCGCGCGCGCAUUACAUCACUUCUCUCCAGCGUGAUUGGCCGCGGGUCCACUCGUCCGCCCGCCGCGCAGCAUCCGCAGCAGCGGCGUUUCAAAAAUCCGCCUCGUCGUCGCUAUCGACUGACCGGUUUGCGUUCGAUUGGUGGUGUGCGCUUCUUCUCGUCCCUGCACUGGCGGCCCGUCUCCGAGGAUGGCCGAGAGCGAGGCAGACACGCCGAGCACGCCGAUCGAGUUUGAGAGCAAAUACUUCGAGUAUGAUGGAGUGCGGCUGCCGCCCUUCUGCAGGGGGAAGAUGGAGGAGAUCGCUAACUUCUCCCUCAGAAGUAGCGACAUAUGGAUCGUCACCUACCCGAAGUCAGGAACGAGUCUACUUCAGGAGAUCGUGUAUCUGGUGAGUCAGGGGGCAGACCCAGAUGAGAUCGGCCUUAUGAACAUCGACGAACAGCUGCCUGUCUUAGAGUACCCCCAACCUGGCCUGGACAUCAUACAGGAGCUGACGUCCCCUCGUCUGAUCAAAAGCCAUCUUCCGUAUCGAUUCCUGCCGACAGCCAUGCACAACGGGGAGGCCAAGGUGAUCUACAUGGCUCGUAACCCUAAGGACCUGGUGGUGUCCUACUACCAGUUCCACCGUUCUCUCAGGACCAUGAGCUACCGGGGAACCUUCCAGGAGUUCUGCCGGCGCUUCAUGAAUGACAAGCUGGGAUAUGGUUCCUGGUUUGAACAUGUUCAAGAAUUUUGGGAACAUCGUAUCGACUCUAAUGUCCUCUUCUUGAAAUAUGAAGACAUGUACAAGGAUCCGGGAACAUUGGUGGAACAGUUAGCCCGGUUCCUGGGUGUUUCCUGCGACAAGGCCCAGCUGGAGGGCAUGGUGGAGAGCUGCAACCAACUCAUCGAGCAGUGCAGCAACUCGGAGGCACUGUCCAUCUGCAGGGGUCGCGCGGGUCUGUGGAAGGACGUCUUCACGGUGUCCAUGAACGAGAAGUUUGAUGCCGUGUACAGACAGAAGAUGGGCAAGUCUGACCUGACCUUUGACUUCUGCCUGUGAGGAGCGCCCGACCCUCCUCCUCCCCACCCCCCCCCCCACUGAUCCACUCCAGUUCAAAAAAUACCACAAGCUCCUACGUCUCCAUCUAGUCGAUCAGUCUGAAGUUCAAUGGUUACAGUCUGACAGCGGGAUUACACAGCGAGACUUUUUCUCCAGAAUGCAACCUGUCUCAAGUCAAUGCGUCAUCAAAAGUCCCGCCCUCGUGGAGUGAUGAAAAUUUUUUCAGAUUCAUUAGGAAUUUGUUGAAAUGUUUCAAUCAGUAGUUCAACCAAACCUCCCUCAGCCCUACCUCCACAGUACGUUCCCUCUGCUACGUCUGUAUAUGUGUAUAUACUAACCAGGGUUCGACCGAUAUCGGUUUUUAAAGGCCGAUACCAAUACCGAGCUGAAGUAUUGGUCAACGUUUAUAUUCCAUAACUUCUACAACUCCUACGGUUGUUUGUAACAGGGAUUCAAGCUACGUGCAGAUAUUUGUGACUGAAAAACACUUGAAGUCACAAGAUGGCAAAGGUGCUCUGUAAGUCUUUUGUGGACGUUAGUGUCGAAAGGUUGGAUCAAGUUAAAGAAAUUGUGUUUUUUGUUCAUUUACAAAGUUAGUUAUUUUUAUAUUAAAUAUGCUCAAGAAUUCACAUGAAUAAAAAAACAUAGUUAUUUAAAGAUACUACAAGGAAGUUUCAUUUAGUGUGGAUUUUGGCGGUCCUUGUGGACAAAAGCUGACGUUUUUCCGAGCACCAGAGUCCCUUUAGAAAACCACUGAUUUUAAAGCAGCAGGGUCUGACAGUCUGCCCCGCUCAUUCC